CAGCUGAGCUCAGUGCUGAGGAACGUGCACCCCGUGUCAGGGAAGCAGGCAGAGCUCUCGCUGAUCCCCACGCUGGAUGCUGCUGGGGAGCUGGGGUGGCUGCGGCUGCUGCUGCGGCUGCUGCUGCGGCUGCUGUGUGCGCUCGCUCGGACCCAGAUCAGGAACUGCUUCCCAUUCCCCAGCUCAGCUCCAGCGCUGCAGGCUUCGGGAGGCAGGGCCGGCCCCGUGCUUAAAGGGCCAAGCGCCGUCCUGGCAGCAGCGCUGGCGAACUCGGAGGAACCGGGAGCUGUCGGGGCUGCCCGGGGGGCGUCUGGAGCCAGAGAGGCGGGAGGGGUGGGCUCAGCGCCCCCCCACCCGGGCGACAACCAUCGCAGUACGAGACGGUUUCCUGCUUGCAUCGGGGAAAAGAGCAAAGCUCUUCGACGCAGCUUUUCAUUCCAGGCUUUCAGGUGUUGUGGAUUUGGGAUUUAUUCAGUUGAUGAUUAUGAGAAAUCCCUGUCUGCUCUGGAGAUUACUGUGCCACAUGAUUUAGCAGAGGGGUUCGUCAAUAAUAAACAGGAGAGCUACAAGUUCAAAUUUCAGAAAAUUUUUGAUCAAGAAGCAAAGCAAGAUGUGGUUUUUGACAGCGUUGCCAAGCCAGUAGCAGAAUGUGUUUUGGCAGGAUAUAAUGGUACUAUCUUUGCAUACGGUCAGACAGGUAGUGGCAAGACUUUUACCAUCACAGGAGGAGCAGAACGUUACAGUGAUCGAGGCAUCAUUCCCAGGACUCUAUCUUAUAUUUUUGAUCAGUUGCAGAAGGAUAGCAGUAAAGUGUAUACAACUCAUGUUUCCUACUUAGAAAUCUACAAUGAAUGUGGUUAUGAUUUGCUGGUCCAAAGAGACAAGGCCUCCAGUCUGGAAGAUUUACCAAAAGUGACAAUAAUGGAAGACGCAGAUCAGAACAUUCAUCUGAAAAACUUGUCUCUUCAGCGAGCCACUAAUGAGGAGGAAGCCUUAAACUUGCUCUUCUUGGGAGACACCAACAGAAUGAUUGCUGAGACACCAAUGAAUGAAGCUUCAACCCGAUCUCACUGCAUUUUCACUAUUCACAUCUCCAGCAAAGAACCCGGAUCUGCAACUAUUCGACGCUCCAAAUUGCACCUGGUAGACCUCGCUGGAUCAGAACGUGUUGCAAAGACUGGGGCAGGAGGUCACUUACUGACAGAAGCCAAAUAUAUCAACGUGUCAUUGCAUUAUUUGGAACAGGUAAUGAUUGCCCUUGCAGAGAAAAAUCGGUCCCACAUUCCUUACCGAAACUGUAUGAUGACCUCAGUGCUAAGAGACAGCCUGGGAGGAAACUGCAUGACUACCAUGAUAGCAACGCUCUCUAUGGAUAAAAGAAACAUAGAUGAGUCUAUAUCAACCUGCAGAUUUGCACAGCGAGUUGCUCUUAUUAAGAAUGAAGUCGUUAUUAAUGAAGAAAUUGACCCUACAUUGAUGAUUGUCCAACUGAAAAAGGAGAUCCAGGAGUUGAAGGAUGAGCUGGCGCUGGUGACUGGCAAGCAAAGAACUUCAGAGCUUUCACAAGAAGAGCUACUUCAGUUGGAUGAGUUAAUUGAAACAUUUCUUGAAGAUAAUGAUCCUGAUAGCACCCUGGAUGUUGGUGCUGACAUGCGCAAGAUCAAGUAUUGCUUCAUUCGUGUGAAGCUAAAGAUUUCUGAUAAAAAACUGCUCUCACAGAACAUCUCUGAAGAAACAGUUGCUAACAAAGAAGCAGAAGAAGAACUGAAAAACUUGAAAGAACUUCUGCAGCAAAGAGACAAUGAAAUCAUUAUUCUGGUAAAUAUGCUAAAAGAAGAAAAAAAGAAAGCAGAAGAUGCUCUUUUCCAGCUUACUGCUGCCUCUGCUGGCUCUAUAGUCUCAGAAAAGCCUCUUUCUAUAAAGCUGGAAAAAAGUCAAAGCCCAUCUACCAGUUUUAGUCUGAAAGAGGCAAAAGAUUUCAACUCUUCAGUUCACAGGCUACCUUUCUUUUCCAGACAAACAGGAGGAAGGAUGUCACCUGGAUGUCAGGAAGCUUUCAAAAUUUUCAAGCGAGACCAUGCUGACAGCAGAGCCAUUGAGGACAACAAAGAGAUUCUAAAACAGAGGUUUGCCGAAGCUAAAUGCCUUGGAGAUAAAUUAAAUGAAGUGAGAAAUAAGAUAAACCAUCUGAAAGGAGAAAUAACCCAGAGGCGGAUUCAGAGAGCAGCUCUAGCUGUUUCCAGUCCUUCUGAAGAGCUAAAUAUGCUUGAUCCAGUAGAAGAGAAGCUUCGGAUGCAAAUUGAAGAAGAAAAAAAUAGUUAUAAAACAAUGUUCAAUCGCUUGAAAGUUCUGAAGGUAGAGAUUAAGCACCUGCAGUUUCUUGUGGAAAAAGUCGAGAUGAAGCUGCAUAAAGACUUUGAAGUCUGGUGGUCUGAAGAGGCAAUACAUCUACGGGUCCAGCAGGAAAAGGCAGAGAUGGUUAGCUCACCAGAUAGCGCAGCUGCUUGUCCUCAGUUUAUCAAAUCCUCACAACGUCAAACUAGCAGUUUUUCAGAGACCACGAGAGUGAGCCCCAGUGAAGAUCCAGCUGACCCUACCUUAAAAGCAAGGACCAUACCAAGCUCAUCUAUUCCUCUGACUGGAGACAGCCAGGCUGAUGCUGACAUCCUAGCUUUCAUUAAGGCAAGACAGAAUAUCCUGCAAAAGAAAGUUUCUUUAAACUACCUGGCCUGGUUUUCCGCUGGUACAAAUUUAGCUGUAACAAUUGACACUGAAUAA